UUUAAUUUUAAUUUUUUUAUUUAAUUUUCUUAAUUAUCUUCACAACUCUACACGUGGACUCCACAGUAAGUCUUCUGCUUUACUGUCCUAUACAAAAUUCUUUCCUGUCCAAAUUCCAAUCUGUAAUCUCAGUUGCCCUAGGCGGAUCUCGGUGCAUCGCCGGCGAAGACUUGUCUGAGUUCGGCGUUGGCAAGGAAGGAUGGCUAGCAUGACGCCAGCACCACUCUUUUAUGUGCUGUGGACGCCCAUUCUCUCGCCAUCGCUAACCGAUCUCUUAUUCUCACCCUCGGAUGGUCCGACCCGGAUGAGCUUCGUGUCAAUAUGCGACCCGAUCUAUCACCUAUCGAGGCCGAGCACAUCACGGCCAUAGAGUGGCUGGUUUUCUAUGAGAUUAAAGUGAUUGCAGUUGGGACCUCCUGAGGGUUCAUCUUGGUGUACACUUUGCGAGCAGAUUUGAUUCAUAGACAGAUGGUAUAUCCAGGACGCAUCGUAAAGUUAAGAGUCCGUGGAACCAAGAAAGAUCUGACACAAGAUAUAUCUUCAGAGGAGGUCUGUGUUGUCAUACCUGGUGUAAUUGCUCAUUUUGAUGGAUCUGAUAUUCAGAGUAUGCUUCAAAGGUGGUUUCAAGAAACACAUUCUUGUUUUUGGGAUCAGAAUCCAAAGAAAGAUUCAGAGGAUAUACGAAACUCUUAUGGGAGAUUACCUUACCAGUUAUGGAAUGUUAAUAGGUGUGGGACAUGUGUUGAUGCAGCAAUCACUGGCAUAAUGCCACCCCUUUUCAUGGAACUCCAAGUGAUUUCUAAUGUUGCUUUAUCUUUACUAGCUCAUGCUAGUAGUUGAAUAAUUUAUUUUUCAAUUCUUAAUUAAUGGCCAUUUGAUCUUCAAAAUGAGCGUUUGAAAAAAUGGUUUUACUGGUUCAA